AGUUAUGUUUUGUCUCUUCAUAGUUACGCCUGUAUAAAACUUAGCUUGGCGUCUCUACAGUGAUCCAACUAUCAACACCAUCGACCUGGAUAGUCAGCAUCGUAUUGUCUCCUAAAGACGCAAACAGUUGAGUACCUUUGGGGAAGCCCACCCCCCGAGUGGCCACCAUGGGGGACGAUAGCGAGUGGAUGAAGCUUCCCAUCGACCAGAAGUGUGAACACAAGGUAUGGAAAGCACGUCUGAACGGUUAUGAAGAAGCCCUGAAGUUGUUCCAGAGGAUAGAAGAUGAGAAGAGUCCAGAGUGGGGGAAGUACCUGGGACUGAUAAAGAAGUUUGUCACAGACUCCAAUGCUGUGGCUCAGCUUAAAGGCCUGGAGGCGGCACUGGCCUUCGUUAUGAAUGCACAUGCUGCUGGAAAGACAACAGGUGAGGUGGUGUCAGGUGUAGUGACCAAAGUGUUCAACCAGCCCAAGGCCCGGGCGAAGGAGCUCGGUGCGGACAUCUGUCUGAUGUACAUCGAGAUUGAAAAGAAUGAGGUGGUUCUAGAGGAGCUCCUCAAAGGACUGGACAACAAGAACCCCAAGAUUGUAGUGACCUGCUUUGAGACUCUCAGGAGGGCUCUCAGUGAGUUUGGGUCUAAGAUUGUGACGUUAAAGCCGGUAGUGAAAGCUCUACCAAAACAGUUUGAGUCCCGAGAGAAGGCAGUGAGAGAUGAAGCUAAACUUCUCGCUAUAGAGAUCUACAAAUGGAUCAGAGACGCUCUGAGAGCUCCUCUGCAGAGCAUUAACUCCGUACAGCUGAAGGAGCUAGAGGAGGAGUGGGUGAAGCUGCCUACAUCACCACCCAAGCAAUCAAGGUUCCUGCGCUCACAGCAGGACCUGAAGGCAAAGUUUGAACAGCAGCAAGCCCAGGGUGACCAGUCUGAAGAAGAGGAUGAGGUGGACACAGUGGCAGCAGUGGAUCCUUACGAGCUGCUGGAGUCUGUGGAGAUUCUGUCCAAGAUGCCCAAAGACUUCUACGAGAAAAUAGAAGCGAAAAAGUGGCAGGAGAGGAAAGAAGCUCUGGAGGCCAUUGAGACUCUGAUUAAGAACCCCAAACUGGAGAACGGAGACUAUGGAGACCUAGUCAGAGCGCUAAAGAAGGUUGUGGGCAAAGAUGCUAACGUGAUGCUGGUGACACUAUCAGCUAAAUGUCUGGCUGGUCUAGCCGCUGGUCUCAGGAAGAAGUUUGGAACAUAUGCAGGACAAGUGGUGCCAACUAUUCUGGAGAAGUUCAAGGAGAAGAAGCCUCAGGUGGUUCAAGCCCUGCAGGAGGCUAUGGAUGCCAUCUUCCUCACUACCACUCUGCAGAAUCUGUCAGAGGACAUUCUGUCUGUAAUGGACAACAAGAAUCCCUCCAUAAAGCAGCAUGCCUCCCUGUUUCUGGCCCGCUCCUUCAGACACUGCUCACAGGCCACGCUGCCCAAGGGUGUCCUCAAACCCCUCUGUGCUGCUCUCAUCAAGCAAGUGAACGACUCUGCUCUUGAGGUGCGUGACGCUGCUUUUGAAGCUUUGGGCACGGCCAUGAAAGUGGUGGGAGAGAAAGCUGUUAACCCUUUCCUGUCUGACCUGGAUAAACUCAAACUGGACAAGAUAAAAGAGUGUGCUGAUAAAGUGGAGCUUCCUGGAGGAAAGAAGGCCGCAGGUGGUGUUGGAGGGGGGGGCAAGAAGCCAGCAGCUAAAGCUGCAGCCCCAGCUGAAGCACCAUCUAAAUCCUCUGGCCCACCCAGCAGGAGCACAACUUCUGCUGCCAGCAAAUCAUCAGCAGGUCCUGCUAAGAAAGGCAAACCAGCCUCAGCAGCUGGUGGAAAAGCCAAGAAGACCUCAGACAACAAAGAAAUGGUGGAGACCGAACUCUCUGUUGAAGUGUGUGAAGAUGUAGCAGGAGGUGUACUUCCUGCUUCUUGUCUACAACAACUGGACUCUUCUAACUGGAAGGAGCGACUGGCCAGUAUGGAGGACUUUCAGAAGGCUGUUGAGACCAUGGACAAGGCUGUGAUGCCCUGCCAGGCCCUAGUCCGGAUGUUGGCCAAGAAACCAGGCUGGAAAGAGACAAACUUCCAGGUGAUGCAGAUGAAGCUGCACAUCGUGGCUCUUAUAGCUCAGAGAGGACGUUUUUCAAAGACGUCAGCUUUUGUGGUGUUGGACGGUUUGGUGGAUAAGGUUGGAGACGUCAAAUGUGGCGGCAAUGCCAAAGAGGGGCUGACUGCUAUCGGAGAGGCGUGCUCCCUGCCUUGGUUGGCAGAACAGGUUGUGUCGAUGGCGUUUUCCCAGAAGAACCCGAAAAACCAGGCAGAGACUCUGAACUGGCUCGCUAAUGCCAUGAAGGAGUUUGGCUUUGCUGGCAUCAAUGUGAAAGCUUUCAUCAACAAUGUGAAGACAGCUCUGGGAGCGACCAACCCAGCUGUUAGGACGUCAGCCAUAACCCUGCUGGGGGUCAUGUACCUGUACAUGGGAGCUCCUCUGCGCAUGUUCUUUGAAGACGAGAAGCCCGCCCUCCUAUCACAGAUCGAUGCUGAGUUUGAGAAGAUGCAAGGUCAGUCUCCACCUGCACCAACCAGAUGCAUUAGGAAGGGAGCGGCAGACGAUGCUGGUGAUGAUGGAGAGGAGCAGGAAGAAGAUGGAGGAGGAGGUGGAGGUGGAGGUGGAGGACAAGACAUCCAGGACUUGCUGCCCAGAACCGAUAUCAGUGACAAGAUAACAUCCGAUCUGGUGUCUAAAAUUGAGGAUAAGAACUGGAAGAUCAGGAAGGAGGGUCUUGAUGAGACCGCAGCUAUUAUCUCUGAAGCCAAGUUCAUCACAGCCAGCAUCGGAGAGCUGCCUCUGGCCCUGAAAGCUCGUCUGACUGACUCCAACAAGAUCCUGGUCCAGCAGACCCUGACUAUCCUGCAGCAGCUGGCCACAGCCAUGGGACCUGGACUGAAGCAGCAUGUUAAAUCCCUGGGAAUCCCUGUCAUCACUGUACUGGGAGACAGCAAGGCUAAUGUACGAGCGGCUGCCAUGACAACUCUGCAGGCCUGGGUGGAGCAGACUGGAAUGAAGGACUGGCUGGAAGGAGAAGACUUUUCAGAGGAGCUGAAGAGAGAGAACCCCUUCCUUCGACAGGAGGUGCUCAGCUGGUUAGCAGAGAAGCUUCCCAACAUGAGGACUGUGCCAGCAGAUCUGAUGCUGUGUGUCCCUCAUCUCUACAACUGCCUGGAGGACAGAAACGGAGACGUGAGGAAGAAAGCUCAGGACGCUCUUCCCACCUUCAUGAUGCACCUGGGCUACGACAAGAUGACCAAAGCUACUGGGAAACUCAAACCGGCCUCAAAGGAUCAGGUGGUCGGCAUGUUGGAGAAGGCCCGAGCAGUGAUGCCAGCUAAACCUGCAGCUCCUGCCAGAGCUGGAGGAGGAAAAAGUUCAGCAGAGCCCAGAGCUUCUUCAGCUACCAGGUCUCAGCCAGCUGCUGAUGAGUAUGACAAUAAACCUGAGGUGAAGAAGGUCAGAGGAGGAGCGCCUGCUAAGAAGCCUCCCUCCUCUACCGAGGAGUCAGCCCCUCCCCCUCCCUCCAAGGACAAGGACAGUAAUUCUAGUAAAAAGCCUCCUGGCAAAGGGAAGGCAGCAGCUGGCAGUCAACAGGGAGCAGCUGGCAAGAAACCUGCAGCCAAAAACGCGAAGGAUGAAGAAGACAGGUCUGGGCCAAUCUUCGUCCUCAUCCCCAGCGCUAAGGAGCAGAGGAUCAAAGAGGAGAAGCAGUUGAAGAUCUUGAAGUGGAACUUCAACACCCCCCGAGACGAAUACGUGGAGCAGCUGAAAACUCAGAUGGCCACCUGCUUUGCUAAGUGGCUGCAGGACGAGCUCUUCCACUUUGACUUCCAGAGACAUGUCAAGGCCAUCGGUGUCAUGAUCGAGAGGCUGGAGACUGAGAGUGAUGCCACCAUAGGCUGUCUGGACCUGAUUCUGAAAUGGUUCACCCUGCGCUUCUUUGAUACAAACACCACCGUCCUGAUGAAGGUGCUGGAGUAUUUGAAGCUACUGUUUGCCAUGCUGAACAGAGAAAAUUAUCACCUGACCGAGUAUGAGGCCAACUCUUUCGUCCCAUACCUCAUACUGAAGGUGGGAGAGUCGAAGGAUGUGGUGCGUAAAGACGUGAGGGCAAUUCUGGCGAUGCUGUGUAAGGUUCACCCUGCAUCCAAGGUGUUCCCUUUCCUGAUGGACGGUACCAAGUCCAAGAACUCCAAACAGAGAGCUGAAUGUCUGGAGGAGUUGGGUUGUUUGAUAGAGGGCUAUGGGAUGAAUGUAUGCCAACCCACUCCUGCAAAGUGUCUGAAGGACAUCGCAGUUCACAUUGGCGACAGGGACACAUCAGUCCGUAACGCUGCUCUGAACACCGUGGUGGCGGUCUACAACGUCUGUGGGGAACAAGUCUACAAACUAGUUGGACAUUUGUCGGAAAAGGAAAUGAGCAUGCUGGAGGAGAGAAUCAAGCGAUCGGCGAAGAAGACUCCUGCAGCUCCUGCAAAGCCGAGCGCUGCAGAAAAGUCUCAGAGGGAGCAUCCAACUAACCCCAACGCCACCUUCCUACGAAAGCCCGCACAGGAAGACCCCAACAAACUCAACCAAGCCCGCCAGAAUGCCCAUCACAGCGAGUCCUCCCACCCGUCCAUCCCCAAAGAGUUCCAGUUGGACCUCGACAUGAUCGAGAUGGACCAGAGCAGAGUGUGUGAGCUGCCUGACCUCGUCCAACACAAGCUGGACGAGCUCCUGGAGCCAAUCAUGAUCCCCGAACCCAAGAUGCGGCCUGUCUCUCCACAUUUUGACGACCUUCACAACAGCACGGCCUCCACCAUCAACUUUGUCAUCUCUCAGGUGGCGAGCGGUGACAUAAACACCAGCAUACAGGCGCUGGCACAGAUUGACGAGGUGUUGCGGCAGGAAGACAAAGCAGAAGUCAUGUCGGGACACAUCGAUCAGUUCCUCAUCGCCACCUUCAUGCAGCUGCGGCUCAUCUACAGCACACACAUGGCUGACGACCGGCUGGACAAGAAGGACAUCAUUAAACUCUACAGCUGCAUCAUCGGGAACAUGCUCUCUCUGUUCUCGAUGGAGGCCCUGGCCAGAGAAGCGUCCAUGGGCGUGCUGAAGGACCUGAUGCACGGCCUGAUCACACUAAUGCUGGACGGCAGAGUGGAGGACAUAGAAGACGGACAGCAGCUUAUCAGAUCCGUCAACCUGCUGGUCAUCAGAGUCCUGGAGAAGUCCGAUCAGACUAACAUGAUCAGCGCUCUGCUGGUUUUGCUUCAGGACAGUUUGGUCGCAACAGCUGGCCCCCCCAUGUUCUCUGAUCUCGUCAUGAAGUGUCUGUGGAGGAUGAUCCGCUUCCUCCCAGACACCAUCAACAGCAUUAACCUGGACCGGAUCUUACUCGACGUCCACAACUUCAUGAAGGUUUUCCCCAAAGAGAAACUCAAGCAGCUCAAGAGCGACGUCCCGCACAGAACCCUGAAGACUCUGUUACACACACUCUGCAAGCUCACAGGGGUCAAGAUCCUGGACCACCUUUCAAUGAUAGAGAAUCGUAAUGAGUCUGAGUUGGAGGCUCAUCUGAGGCGAGUUGUCAAAUUCUCUGGAAACCUGUCAGGGCACAAGAGUGACCGUGGCAACGAGAAGGGCUGUAUGCACAUGGAUGAUCGGAUGUCAAAGGCGAAGGUCAGCGACAUUCUGUCUGAAAUCUUCAAGAAGAUCGGCUCCAAGGAGAACACUAAAGAGGGCUUGACGGAGUUGUAUGAAUACAAACAGAAGUACUCUGAUGCUGACCUGGAGCCAUUCCUCAAAAACACAUCGCAGUUCUUCCAGAGCUACGUUGAGCGAGGGCUUCGCAUGAUCGAGUCUGAAAGAGAGGGCAAGACUCGCAUCCAGACCUCAGCAGUGAUCCCUCAGCACGGCAUGGACUCCAGCCUGACUAGCAACAAUGAAGAGCUGAAACCAGCCGUUUACUAUGAGAGACUGAAGAUCCUCAGACAGAGACAAGGCCUGGAAAACAAUGCAAGAGGCAUCGGAGGAGGCGAGGACGAGACUCAGCACCGACCUCCCAUCUCCUCCCUGCUCUCCUCCAAGCCGUCGGUGGCAUCCUCCACUGACAUGCUCCACAGUAAGCUGUCUCAGCUCAAAGAGUCCCGAGAGCUGUACCAGCAGGAACACAACGCACACUCCCACUCCCCGACGCACACGCACACACGCUCCGCCUCACCUGCGGCCAACCUGGACGACCUGAAGAAGCGUCUGGAGAGAAUAAAGAGCAACCGGCAGUGAGGAGCGCCGAGUCACCACCUCAUCUUCAUCUGCAAAAAAUGCCUGUGGAGUUCAGCUGGUAGAACAUACAUUGUCCUUUUUAACUCCCUUUGUGUUCAUUUUCAUGUUCAGCUGAUAGAUGGAGAUAGAAACCAUGCUUAUCUUUCAACAAACCAGGUAGCAACAGAUGCAACACACCCUCGAGUUUAAACCUGACUCCACCCACUGUGCCUGUACGUUAUUAGAAAUCAAACGCACCCUAAUCUGAUUGUAUAGUUGAGUACAUUCGGAGUGAACUGAGGCUGUGACUGGGAUUUUUAACAUGCUCACACACACACACUCACACACACACACACACACACACACUCUCUCUCACAUACACACACACACACACACACACACACACACACACACACACACACACACACACACACACACACACACACACAGCAGGACCCAUUUUUAGCUAAUAUUCAAACUUCAUACACAUCAUGUUUGUUUGUGUCGACCAUCAGAAGAGAUGAAUCCAGAGUGAGUCGUGAUGUGUGUCAACUGUAGUUCUCAGUCUGUACAGCUUCAUCACUACACCAUGUCUCAGCCUCCACCUUCACUGUAUUAUAAUGACAUAGUGAAACUACCCUCCUCCUCCACCUCUUCUUCCUACUCUUCUCUGUUUUAGUAUCACCACACAAAAAAUGUUUGUACAUAUUUAAAGGCUGUUAACCACUUAACCGUUAUGAAGAGCUUCUCGUGUGGUUGCAGGAAAAAAAGAAAAACGACCGACAGGUUGUUUUGUUCCUGUUUAACCAUGAUGUACCAUGUCACUGCUGCUGUGUUUGGAAGGAGAAACACUGCUGUAAAUAGCUGAGGUAACUGUAAAUGCAGUGUGUGACUGCCCUCUUGUGGCUGAAGCUGGUAUCAGUGAUUGCAGCUGAAGCCCUGUUUGCAAUCAGGUCAGUAAAAAGCAGAAAAGGUGGUUCACAGCUGAAGAGUAGCAGCAUGGAAACAGGGCUUGAAGCUCCAGCACUGGCUUGGUUGAACAAAGUGUCUGUUUUCUGUCAAUUUCAGACACUUUGGGCCACAAAAGAAGUUACACUGCAUUUACACAGCAAUGUCGAGCCCUCUGUCUUCUUUCUGCUGAUAAGACUGUAAAAGCCAUGUCUGUGUGCAGAUUUUAAAGGAAGUGUCUAGGAAGUCAGGGUUACACACAGAGUCUGUUAAUUUUUAUCCUGAAAGCGUUUUGUGGCCUUUUUGUAUUUGGUUGCUCAUAGUCAGUGGUUUUUAGUCCUCUUAUUCCAAGUGGAAUUCUGCUAUUUUUAAAUUUGUGGGCACAGAUUUGAAUACAACAAAAUUCCUCUUUAAAGAGCAACCAGGUGAAAACUGCUGCUUGACAGGAAAAGUGGCACAAUUAGUGCAAGUAGCUGUUGCUUUACAGCCAGUCAGGACAGAGUGUCUGUGUCCUCUUACCACAGGAAGUGGAGACCAAGCAGAGGUGUGUUUUAGUUAGGUGUUGGAUUGUGUUGUGGGUUUCAGCUGUAAAUACUGUACUUAUCGUCCUCCAUUAACACCUCCCUUCAGUUAUUUAACAGCAGCCACUCUGUUGUGUUUGUAGGCUUUAAAGAGCAUGGCAUGAAGUCAGUGAUUGUUUUUAUUUUCUCAUGUAAAUAAAGUUUGCAUUAAUGAAAAACCUCUGUUUAAUUCAGUCAUUGUUCCCUGACCAAGACAACGAUGACAAUGAAGAUGAUGAUGAUGGUCAUGGCUCUGUCAGUCAUCUACUUUGUAGCUGAAUGUUGAGUAAAGAAAAAUAAAUAACAUUGUUUUUGUAUUUAAUUCAAAUGUCAGUACUCAUCUCUCAUUGUUGCUCUCAAGCUUCCCUUGUAUAAUCCAUAGUGGAAAAUGGCAAUAAAGUCUUGUUUUUUUUAACAAUCCA